AAAAAAAAUUCUCCCCCUCUCCACCCCUCAUUGUUGAGGAGGGGGGGUUGCCAGCCCCCUUUUGUUUACCUCCCUCUCCCGCUUUCCCUCUCGCUGCGCAGCUUCUGCUUUUCGCAGCAUUUUGCAUGAAAGUGGCAAUCUGUGCGGAUUACCCAGCUUGAGGGCUGCAAGAAGAGGAAAAAAAAGAGAGGAUAUUGUAUCUUGGGUGCUAAUUUUUUGACUCAAGGCUGAGGCAGAAGACAUGGGUUCCGUUUCUAACCAGGAGUUCCCAGGAGUGUGCAAGACGGAGGGAGACGAGGGGCCGAGCGCAGAGGAGGACGCGCAGUCUUUCCACGGGGUCGGGGUGUGCAAGUGGUUCAACGUCCGCAUGGGCUUCGGGUUCCUGUCCAUGACCAACAGGGAGGGAGUGCCGCUGGACGAACCGGUUGAUGUGUUUGUCCAUCAGAGCAAGCUGCACAUGGAGGGUUUCCGCAGCCUGAAGGAAGGCGAAGCGGUUGAGUUUACCUUCAAGAAGUCAUCGAAGGGCCUAGAGUCCCAGCGGGUUACUGGGCCGGGCGGCAUCCACUGUGUCGGCAGCGAGCGGAGGCCCAAAGGCAAGAAAGUCCAAAAGCGCCGCUCAAAGGGAGACAGGUGUUAUAACUGUGGAGGCCUAGAUCACCAUGCCAAAGAGUGCAAGUUACCACCUCAGCCCAAGAGGUGCCACUUCUGCCAGAGCAUCGACCACAUGGUCGCCAGCUGCCCAGUCAAAGCACAGCAGUCCUCGCCGGUUUCUCAGGGAAAACCGUCGCCGUUGAAAGGAGACGAGGGGGAGCACAGCCAACCGGCGCUACCUCCCGAGACCUCCGAUUAAACGGGAGAUCGGUCCUCGCCGAAGCACAGAAGCCAAUCAAAUUGCUUUGACGGUUGAGUAGGGAGACACAAUCCCCCUCCCCAGCAGUCGAAGCUGCUUUUGGAAUUACCUCAGGUUAAAAAAAAAAAAAACACUCAUGAAGAAUGUUUUGUUUUAUUAUUUUUAUUUGGUGUAACACUCAGGAAUACUGCUUCAUUAUUGCACUCAGAAAGGUUAAACGGUGUAACGGUGUAAUCCCUGCUAUCAGGAGCGUGUCGAGUCGGUAGAGAUAACACUGAAAGGCCUUCACAGGAGGUUGCGGUUUUAAGCAACUGCACAUUCCUUGCGAGCUUUAUGUCAGUCUCUUUUGCAUUAUACUCGAGGUGUUGAGAAUCGACCUAAACUUUUGCUGCCUUACCAUUCAGUCUCCUUCCUGACUGUUACACCUUACUGUCGACAAAGCAGAGAUGAACCCUGCAGUGUCUCUGUGAUGAAUGUUAGCUCA